UCCACUGAUUGCUUCGCUUUAGUUUGGCCGCAAUUUUCUUCACCUGUGGCUGUAGACUGUAGUAAACUCAAGAAUCGCCUCAAUUUAAAUUCAAUGUCUCUCUCAAUGUCAAUCUCAAUCCCAACAACCCAAUUCUCCUUCUCAAAAACCUUAACAUCCCAAAACCCGUUUCUCCUCUCUCUCAAGACCCCACCAAUUCCACGCAAAACCACCGUAAUUCGAAUGGGCGGCGGCCCCAGAACUUACCCAGGCGGAGUAUCCAAAUGGCAGUGGAAAAGAAUGCAAGCAAAGAAAGCUAAACAACUUCUAAAAGCUAGACUCUGCCGCGAAAGACAAAUUUACGAAAUGAGAAAAAGAGCUGAACUCAAAGCGGCGGUUUCGGAGCUUGAAAGACCUUGGGAAGUUGUUGAGCGAGCACCCAAUUUGUUUUCUGUUAAAGCUGAUGAACAAGUUAAAGUCUUGGCUGACCGCUUUCAGAAACCAGGUGGGUUUGAUUUGUGGUCCGAGAAUGAUGGGCCCCAGUUGUUUCAGAGUCCUGAUGGUUUACCCUCUGCUAGAUUUUUCCCUAAAGGUGUUGUUCAUAGUGUUAAACCUUAUGGUUUGAUUUCUGGGGAUAUUGGUGAAGUGGGUUUUGAUAAUGAAAGUGAUAAUGAUAAUAAAGAUGGAUAUUUAAGGGAUACUAAGAAUGACGGUGUGGAAUUGUUGGGUUCGGAUUCGGAUAGUGGAUAUGAUGAUAAUUUAGAUGGAAAAUGGGGGAUGGAUAAGAGUAAUAGAAGGAAAAAUGGCGGGGAAAUGUGGAAGCAGAGGAGAAGUAGAGUUGGGAGUGGUUUAGGUUCAUCGGAUUCAAGAAAGGAAAGAGGAGAUGAUGCAUUGAUGCAACUUGGUGAGACUAAGAAUAAUAGGGGUCAAAAUGAUGUCAGUACUAGUCGGAAGGGUGGUUUAAGGAAUUCCAGAUAUUACAAAUCUGGAGCUGGUGCAUUGAUGCAGCGUGGUAAAACUGACACUAAUAGGACUGAAAAUAAUGGUAGGAUUAGUCGGAAUGGCCGUCUAAAUAAUUCUAGAUAUUCCGGACCUGGAGAUGAUGCAUUGAUGCAACAUGGUGAAGGUAAGACUAACAGAAGUACAAAUUAUGGCAGGAUUAGUCGCAGAGGUGGUUUCAGAAAUUCUAGGUAUAAUUCUCAAAAUGGAGAUGGUGCACUGAUGCAGCAUGGUGAACCUAAGACUUAUAGGAGUAGAAAUGAUGGCAGGAUUAGUCGGCAUGGGGGUUUAAGAAAUUCUAAAUUUUCUUACGAAUCUGAAGUGUUUGAUAUGAAUUUACAACAGGAUGGGAGUAAUGGAUUCCAAGCAAAAAACAGGCGGUUUGAGUCUAGUUCUCGGGCCCCAAAGGCAUACGAGUCAUUCUAGCUUGAAAUGUGACAAGUGCUGUGUUGGGAAAUUGGAUCUGCUGCAUUAAGUAUCAUUUGCGGCUGCUAGUUAUGCCUAAUGUUGCAAUGAGAAUACUGUAUUUUCAUUACAUACGAUCACAGAGUUCUGCUUCUUCAUGCAAAGCAGAAGUAGUAAUGAUUAUAGAUGAUUUCAUAUUCUAUACAUGAUGUCAAAUAUAUUUCAAGAAUUGAAUUCUUAUCAGGGCCGAAACUUCUGAAUCGUAUGGAAAAUAUGUAUGGAAUGCAUUUGAGGUUGGUAGCUACAAAAGGUGUGAGGCUUUGCGGAGGAAUUUCCUCAUGUAUUCUGUUGGUUAGGAUAAUGUUUCAAAUUUAUCAGUGAAAAAAAUCUGAAUUGCGAAAAGGUGGCCUUGGCUUAUUAGUCUCAGCAGCUGCAGAGAAAUUAUGAAGUUUGUUCCUUUGUAGGAGGUUCAGGACAAGGGAUUGUAAGUGCAAGUGUCUUAAGGGUACAGUGAUGGCUUCAACUUCCUCUGCAGAUGCAUCAAACUAUGAUGAGGUUUCUAUGCAGCAGAACUUGCUCUUCUCUGACAUAAGGACAGUUGAAAGCUGUACAAGUGAAACAAUCCCAAGGCAGAAAAAAGAUAUACAACAGCAAAUAUAGUCACCAUUUCCAACGCCAUCAAGGUGGUUUAGGUCGCUAAAUAGUGAUGGAAACAGCCAAAUGGGGACACAACAACCUGAGCGCGUCACUAUCCGGUGAUGGCACAGGUUAGAACAUGGCCAUCUGGCAACACAAAAAGCUGAGAGCGUCGCCAGCGUGAUGUUACUAAUGAUCUAAGAACAAAAGCUUUUAUUCUUUUAACAUUCAAUAUAUGCAGCGACAAUUCAGGAGAGUUGCUAAUGAGAGCCUUGGCAACGUACACUGCUGUUAGCAAUGCCAUUCUUAUCUUAAUGGCGCAUUGUCAUUUGUGUUGUCUUUA